AUGACGGGAGAGGUGGCGCGCGUCGUCAUCGGUGGGGACGUGUUCCAGGUGAACGACGCGGUGUUGGUCAAGGCGCCGGGGGCGAACGAGCGGUACGUGGGGCGCAUCGUGAGCGUGGCGGUGGAGAACGGGGCGGUGAAGGCGCGGUUGUGCUGGUAUUAUCGACCGCAAGAGACGCGAGGGGGACGGAAACGGUUUCACGGGGUGAAGGAGUUGUUUUCGAGCGAUCACUACGAUUGGGUGAGCGUGAACACGAUCGAUGCGAAGUGCGAGGUGUGGUCGCUGCGGGAGUAUCAAGAGCUCGAGGCGGUGACGGAGUUUGAUUUUUACGCUCGGUUUUUGUAUCGAAGCUCGCGGGGGGAGUUCCGACCGGAGAAGGUGCCGGUGUUCUGUAAGUGCGCGGAGCCGUAUAAUCCCGAUCGGUUCAUGGUCGAGUGCGAUCAGUGUAACGAUUGGUUCCAUCCCGAGUGCGUCAACGAGACGAAAUCCAGCGCUUCGCAGCUCGACGUUUGGCGGUGUCCCGACUGUCGAUUGAGCAAGAUUACGGGCGAGGUUUGA